CCUACUGUGCGCGCGAAAGAGCCAUUUUUUGCCAGCCGAGAGCACGUGGUCCCUGCCCUCCAGGCGCCUCCAGUCUAGUCGGGGAGACUCGGUGGCCCAGAGCCCCCCACCCGCUCUCCCGCCUUCCUCCCCGCGUGGACCGCUCUCCAGGCCCUUCGAUUCCCCUGCAGAAGCCCCGGACAGCACCUUCCAGAUGCCAGAGUCGGAGGACUUGAGCCAGCUGCGCCGAAUGAACCUGGAGCUCCUGCGGCAGCUGCGGGUGGGGCAGGAGGAGAUCCGCAAGUCUGUGGCCUGGGCCAAGGGGGCAGCCCAGCUGUUCCCCAAGCGCAAGAUCAAAGAGGGGGGCAGCCGCAAGGUGCCCGAGGCCUGGUGCGCCCAGGAGGAAGAGACCGUCGUGUCCAGCGCGUCCCCGCGCCACCUGGGCCGCCGCCCAGCCCUUAGUGCCGCCACUGGGGACGGAGAAGCCUCCGAGCAGGAACACAAAGGCAGGAGCCAGGAGACAGCCCUGAAGAGCCUCCUGGGCAGCAGCAUGUCUCUGGCCAAGUCCCCGCCGUUCAACCAGCCCCAGGGGCAGGAACCCAAGGACUUCCAGAGGCCCAGUUCCAGGCUCAGUUCAGCAAUCUUGCCAUCUUCCCCCAAGGCCUUGGACUUGGGGCCCACCAUUGAUCCCCUGACCUUUGGGGUCCAGAGGCCCUUCCGCGAAACAGAAACCGUGGGAGGCCUCAGCUCCAUCCAGCAAUGGCAGAACUUCGAGGUGCCUCCCUGGUUUGGUUCUCAGUCCAUCCAGCCACAGCUGCGCUGGGUCCCCACCUCUUCGGCCCUGCCUGGAGAACAAGUGCCCUACUAUCCCCAACAUAAAGAUUUUCUGGUUCCUGAUGAGAGCUGGCGUACGAAGCCUUAUUUAGGUUAUGAUGUGAUCGCAGGGUUGCUGGACACGGCAUCUCCUGUCAUCCAUAAGUCUGAAAACUACUACUCGGAUCUUCAGGAUUUUCGGAAGGCUAAUAAGGAAGAAUGUAUUUCCAGAUACCCAGAGCUGGAUCCUCUGGACUUGCCCUCUUCUAGAAACAAGGGAACUCCAGAUUCCCAUCAGUGUUUACAUUGUUAUCGAGUGAACCAGCGUCUGUUUACAGUUCCCCUGGAUCCACUGGCCACCUGCCCCGUGUGCAAGACCUCCCGCGGCCAGAAGGGCCGGGAGACCCUGGAUCACCCUACCCAAAUCAGAGUGAGCGUCCCCUUGUCAACCUUCCUGCCCCCCCACCAGUACCCCAUUCAUCGACGCAAAAGCUUCGACAGCUCCGACACCAUGGCUUUGCCCCGGCACUGCCUGAUGGGCUGGGACAACAUCCCCAUGCCGGCGUCCAGCAGCUCUGCCCUGAGCAGUCUGGACCUCCGGACCUCCUUGGACCCCGGUGCUCAGCGGGCAGAGCUCUUAGACCACUACCGCUCAUCAUCUAGGACUUCCAGCUGGUGCUGGUCCGACCCGCUGCUCUCCAUGUCGCGAGCCACACAGUUCCAGCUGAGCAACGUUUCUGAGCGCUACUGGUCGGGUGGCAGGCGCUUCCCCCGGCCGUGAGGGCCCGUCCCAUCCCCAGCCCCCUCCUGUUGGUGGGAAAGGCCCAGGCCCCUAGGAGGGAAAGGCCGAGAUCCCCCCGGCUGCCCCUCCAGCGGGGGCUCCUUCUCCUUGGGGCCAGACUUCCAGGCUGGAGUUAUCCAGAGGCGUCUCACGCUGGUGUCCACCGCCCCCUGGCCCCGCCCCCAGGGAAGGAGCUGGGAGACAAGGGCAUGGGCUGGGGCUCGGGCCCAGGCACCCCUGGGUCCUGUGUGCAGUGAGGGCCGUGAGGACAGAGGCAGCUGUUUGUGCCUUUUUAAAAAUAAAGCUGAGCUCUCUCAGGAGCCUGGGCCUUCCUGCUUCCUGCAGAGAAGUUACAGGACCUGCCUUAAGUCAGACUCUCCCACGGCAGGCGUGGGGCCCGUGAGGGCGAGGCUGAGCCCAGGGCGGCCCCAGGAUGAGGAGCCGAGAGCCCCGGUUCACAAGGGGCGCCCCGACUGCCGGAGCUUGCAAUGAACACAGAAUAGCAAGGAAAACCAUUUAUCCAAAUUAGCACCAAUGGAAACCAAGGAAAGUAUGGGGGGGGACAGGUGGCAGUCACAGUGAAGGAGCCCUCAUUCUGGGAGGCGACUUGUCAACCGAGACAGGGGCUCAGAGCCCACCCAAGAGGGAGCCAGGCUCGCGAGUAGCAGGCUGGGGAGGGGGCCUGGGCCGGCAGGAGGUGGGCUUGGCUUCCGUAAUCCAGCAGUGGCCGAGGGGCGGGGCCCGAGAAAUGGGGAGCUUGGGCCAGUCCCGAAGGGGACGCGGGCCAAGAACUGGAGCGCGCUCGUCUCACCAGCCAGCGGAGUCCGUCCCAUUGGGCUUGGCUGCAGAGGUUAUUUUGUAUUGACUUCUCUGUGUCCACAUCCCCCACCCCCAUCACAGUUUAAGCUCCUUGGGGUCAGGGACUGUUUGUUUUUCCGUUUUGGAAUAUUGGGUUUUAGUGACUUGCUUAGGAUCACACAAAUCUGAGGGUGGAUUUGAACUCGGGUCCUCCUGCUGCAGGGUCUGUGCUCCAUCCACUACAGCGCCAUCUAGCUGCCCCUGGGCUGCCCAUUAGCUUAUUGAACUGAGGGGGCCAUUUCAUGCUCCUUUCCUCCACCCCCAAACCACAGACUCCUCCCCUUUUUCUUCAGUGGCUCCUCAUCUUUUCUAAAAACCCACCUGGAUUCUUCCUGCACCAUGACCCUAGAGAGCCCCGCACCCCGGGGACCUGAGCAAAUCCUAGUCAGGAGCCUUGGGGGCAAGCCGAGCAGGGGUGGGGGCGAGUCACCAAGCCCCUCGGUCAAAGACAUGGAAGAAGAGAAGUUGCCUGGGCCGGGACUCUACAAAAAGAGAAGAGGGGAGAGCAUGAGAGAGCAGUUGGGGGCAGCCCGGGACCUCCGACUGUGCUGCCGAGAACUCUGUGCUGGCUUCUAGCCCAAGGUCCCCGGACCUUGGAUGAAGGGGAGACCCCGCUGGGGGAAGGAGCCUGGGCCCCUUGGAAGGGGAAGCCACCAGAGCCGAGCCGUUUAAGGUCCGCUGCUGCUUGAACUCCAAGCCUGGGAGUCCUCAAAGUGACUGCGAUUUUGCCAGACAACCCUGGGGUGGGGGUGGGAGGUGGAGGCUUUCCAGCUUGGGCCCUGCUACCCUGUCUGCACACCCCCUUAGCAACCCCUGUGCUGAUGGGAGCAAGUUCCCCCAUACCCGAGGCGGAGGGGACCCCAUUCUGGGAGCAUCUCCAGAGCCCCAGCUCUUGUGCUUUCCUUGGCUGGACUCGCACACAGGAUCUUGGGGGCUGUCUCACCCCCCUCAGCCAGUUUUUUUUUUUUUAAUUAAAGCUUUUUAUUUACAAGAUA